CGAUGAAGAUUUAGACAAUAUAAUGUUAGAGCCUAAGGAUAGUGAUCAGUAUGAACCUAAUUAUAUUGAUCCAUAUGAGCCUAAUGAUAUUGAUUUAUAUGAACCUGAGAAUUCUGAUUUGGAUGAGCUUGAGAAUUCUGAUUUGGAUGAGCCUGAAAAUUCUGAUUUGGAUGAGCCUGAAAAUUCUGAUUUGGAUGAACCUGAAGGCAUUGAUUUGGAUAGAAUUUGUUCACGAAUAAAAUAUGUAAAAGAUGGUUCUACUUCGAAUUUAUGGAGGCAUUUAAGAAAUAAGCAUCAUAUUUCACGAGCUAUGGUGGAAGGUGGUCGAGUAAAAAUUGUGGUGAAGAGUAAUAAUAUUGCUUUUAUCGUCGAAGAACUUCAACCAUUUUCAAUUAUUCAAUUACGAUCAUUUAAAAGAAUAAUUGAAGGCCUUGAUACCCAGGCUAAUGUACUUAGUAAUGAUCAUUUAAAAGAAAUUCUUAUUAAUUCUGAAGAUAAAAUUUUGCAAGACCUUUGUGAAUAUGCACUUGAUAGUGCUGAAAUUAGUUAUGUUUCUUUUACCACCAAUAUGUGGACGUCAAAUAAUGGCAAUCCGUAUAUUGGACUUACCCUUCAUUGGAUUAAUGAUAGCUUUCAAGUAAAAGAAAUUACUGGUAACAUUUCGUAUCUUCCAUAUCCCUAUACUUCUGAAUGUCUUUUAAAUAAAAUUGUAGAAAUCUUAGAUAAUCUUCGCCUUAAACAUCUAACCAUUAGCAGUACGGUUGAUAAUGGGUCAAAUAUUAAAUUAUGUUUAGAAAAAUUAGAUCAAAAAUAUGGCAUUUUUCGAAUUCAUUGUUUUGAACACACUUUACAACAUGCAAUUAUUGAAAUUAAUGAUAAUAGUUCGUUGAGAAGUUAUGAAAAAAAGGAGUUGUCGUCGGAUGAAUGGGAAAAAAUAAAUGAGUUAGUUAAAUUAUUGUAUCCUUAUGAGGUUAUUUCGAAAAAAUUAUCCGGUUUGCAGUAUCCAACACUUUCUCAAGCAUGGUUUGCUAUUAAUUUUAUUAAAGUAAAACUUAAUUGCACAAUAGUAAGUAAUGCUGAUAUUAAGAGAUUUGGAGAACAUCUUUAUGAAUCACUUCAGGAAUGA